AUGGGCAAGAAGGAAGUCUUCAACAUCUACCCUCGCGGCUGGGAGAACGAUCCUGAGGUCGAGAACUUCGAGCUCAGUGAUCUUGACCAUGCUUUGCCCAAAAUUUACACCUUGUUGACGCUCACCUACGAGCUCGACCCUGCAGCAGACAAGAACAAGAUGGUCCAGAACCUCAGAGAAGGUCUCGAAAUCACCCUCGGCCAGUACCGCUCGCUCGCCGGAGAGCUGGACACAGACCCCAACAAUGGCAAGGUCUGGAUCAAGAGGAAGAAGGGGAAGACGGUCGAGUACAUCGUCAACGACAUGUCGGACACCGACGAGUUCCCUUCGUUCGAGGCGCUCGACAGGGAGGACUUCCCCGCUGGCAAGAUGGAUGGAGACCUGCUCCUGCCCAUCGCCGUCACCCAGAAGCAGCCCUUGACCCCGCUCGGCGAGGACAAGGACGACGAGACGCCCAUCCUCGUUGCCCAGGUCAACUUCAUCCGCGGCGGUAUCAUCGUGGCCGCUGCUAUCCACCACUGCUGCUCUGACGGACCUGGUACCGACGGCUUCCUCGCACAGUGGGCCGCCAACUCGCACGCCAUCGCCACGUCGUCGGCGCUGCCUCCCUUCGACAGCAGCUGCAUGGACCGCACGCCUCUCAUCUCGCACGCGAAGCCGUCGGACGAGUGGAUGGCGGCGACGCAGCGCAAGAUCCGCUCGCUCGACCACCAGAAGACGCCGCCGCCGCCGCCCCCGGCCGACUUCAAGAUGCCGCCGCUGUCGCAGGUCAUGAUGCACUUCUCGUCGAGCGGGCUGGCCAAGCUCAAGGAGGCCACCAAGCAGCCCGGCGACGGCAGCGAGUGGGUCAGCACAUACGACUCCAUCAUGGCCGUGCUGUGGCGCUCCUUCACCCGCUCGAGGCUCGAGAUGUUCAAGCCGGAUUUGGAGUCUGAGAGCCACCUGCUGCAUGCUGUCGGCAUCCGCAAAGCCGUCACCCCGCCCCUGCCACCGCACUUCCUGGGCAACGCGCUGCUCCUCCCCAAGCCCGGCGUGCCCAUCUCGCGCCUCAUCGCCGACGAGACGCUCCCCCAAAUCGCGGGCACCGUCCGCCAAUCCAUCAAGGACUACACCGACCCGCAGAUGAUCCAGGACACGCUCGACUGGAUCGCGGGCACGCAGGACAAGACGUGGAUCACGAUCCGCGUCAACGGCUUUUUGGGGAUGGACGUGUGCGGCACCAGCUGGGGCACCAUGACGGCGUACGAGCGCGCCGACUUCGGCUUCGGCCUGCCCCGCGCCCUGCGCCGCCCGCGCCCCACGGUCGAUGGGUACAUUUUCAUGUAUCCGCGUCGUCCGAAGAAGGUCAAUGCCGAGGAGGAGGGGAUUGAGGUUUGUGUGUGCUUGGAGAGCUCGUGUAUGGAGAGGUUGUUGAAGGAUGAGGAGUUGUUGAGGUUUGCGCAUCCGAGGGGUUUGUAG